AUGGAGUUAUGGAGCGAACCGCUACCAAAUACUUCUUAUAACGCUGUCUUAUCCGAUUCAAUAGCCAGCCCUCUAAACUCUCGCAUGCUAUAUAAUCGGCAAUCAGAAAAGAAUAACUUUUGGCCUAAGCGGGUUAUCUCUAUUGGUAACCCAAACAAAUUGAUCCUCGUUGAAGGACAACUCUAUAGAGAAGACUACCUUGUGCUCUCGUACUGCUGGGGUCCCCUUAUAGAUCAAGAAAAGAAACGUUUCUAUACUACCAGCGAAAACUACGAAGCUCGAAAGCGGGGCUUUAAUUACGACGAGCUACCGAAGACGUUUCAAGACGCAGUUCAGGGACCAGACGGCGACUGGGAUAGCGAGGCUACGACUAUAGCAGAUAUCUUCGCCUGCGCCUACUAUACUAUUGCCGCGAGUUCACCACUAUUCAUAUUGACUUAUAUAUAUGACUUCGAAAAAGACGUAGAUAAGGGGCCCCUUAUAAAGAGGGCUUGGCUUAUAAAAUUAGAGCCGCCGUUUGGAAAGCAAUAUUUCAUCCUUGAUCCCAACUUUCCGCAUAGACUCCAGCAGUCUAGGUUUACCUGUACCGUCGACUUUGUCCAAUUCCUCUUUAGAAAGUAUUCAAUAUCCGGUCUUACCGUUAAGACUAAUAGGGAUAUUGCAAUUUAUAGCCUAGUCGAGCAUAUAGGACAGGUACUAAGGACUAAAGAUCUCCUGAUCCCGCGCUUCGAGGAUCUCGGUUUCGCCAACGAUGGACAGACGCUAAGCAUCGAAGCAAGGAAGUUUCGGGGGAAUUGUCGAAUGGAGGAAAAAGGGGAAGAAUAUAUUAUUUUCAAUGGAACAGAAAAAGUCGGCUCUUUAUACAUGGUCAAGGAUAAUAAGGAAGACCCUCGGAAGACUUAUUAUGUCCUGAUGAUUCGGGAGAAAGCAGGGAGCAGGGGAUAUAAAAGGAUAGGAGUUGAGAAGGUGGAAGCCCAGUAUAUGUCCAUUGACUGCGAAGCUAGAAUGCUUUAG